AACUACUAGCAAAUGUAUGAUAUAGGAAUAUGGUGAAGAAAAUACAAAGCCACGUGUAAGGAUGUGAGUGGAGGAAGUUGGUAUUAUGGUGCACAAGCAAACAGAGGAGCACAAGUUAUAUAGAAAGAAGAACGGCCACGAUUAGAAAUUAAUCAGAAAAAUUGUCAGUUUGUUUCUUCUUCAUCUCUUUUUCUCUGUGCGUUUUCGGGAAAGUUCCCAUGGCUCCUCAUCACUGUUCUUGAGUUGUUUCUACUGCUAAACUCAUGGCAUAUGAGAGUUGAAUUGUUGUUUCAUGAACAUCAAUUCAAAGUACGAUUCAUUUCAAUUUCAUCAAUUAGGGUUUCCACUAUCAAGCUGAAGACAGUGAAGCAGGAAACAAGAAGCCUACGUUUCAAGAAGAACCAACAUUACUCAUCUUUCUCAAGGUACGUAGGAUAUCAUAACAAUUCAGACAAAAAAAAUAAAUAAAUAAAAGAUAAUCAUAUCAAUUUGCACAUGCACCGAAAGGAGAUCAAAAGAAUAUCACACAUUUGUCUAUCUAUCUCUGUUUAUCUAGUUUUUCCACCAGGUUAAAUUUAUGUACAAGACUCAGUUAAGAUAGUCUACGUCCUGUAAGAACAAACACAUACAUAUCGGUUUUGUACUCAAGACGAUGUUUUCUUUCCUCAUCUUACCGUGAAAGAAACACUAAGUACACUGCUCGUUUGCGUGUACCUAAGACUCUUACAAGGGCGCAGAAGGAGCAACGAGCUAUUGAAGUUAUCCAAGGGUUGCGUUUGGAGAGACCUAAGCUGAACCAACCCAACCACCAGUUAGAAGAGAGACUCUUUGUGAUCGUAAGUACGAAAAGUCUUUGAGAUCACAGGAAACUCUCCUUCUCAAUCCGCAGGUUUCAAGAUGAGUCGUAGAAGUCCAAAGGUUGACCUUAAGCUGAACCUCUCGCCUCCUACGUCAAGCCGGAGGAGGAUGGUUCGAUCUCCAAGCCGCUCCGCCACGACUUCACCGACCUCACCCCCAAGCUCAUGUGUCUCUUCGGAGAUGAACCAGGACGAGUCGUCAGUGAGAUACUCAUCAAGUCCAGAGACAACCUCGAUGGUUCUUGUCGGGUGUCCUCGCUGUCUCAUGUACGUUAUGCUCUCAGAAGACGACCCUAAAUGCCCUAAAUGCCAAAGCACCGUUCUUCUUGAUUUCAACCAUGAAAACGCCUCAAACGCCAACGCACGCACUCCAGGCGCUGGUUCCUCUGGUCGCAAGACUCGAAGGAACUGAAAAGACCAGUAAAGCCCUCUAAAAAUCCUUGUUAUUUUUAUUUAUUUUUAUUUUCUUGCGAAUGUAGCUUUGUUUAUGAGAGUAGUGCUAAUCACGCUCCACCUUUGAAACCCUUAGAAGAAGGUAGGGAGAUGAAACUAGGGUUUCCCUACUCACAAAACUUUCAUAUCAAAAGGGUGGAGCGCGAAUAGCACUAACUUUUCUUUUCUUCCUUAAACAUUUUUCUACCAUUUGAGUUCUCUAAUGGAAGAAGAAUUUCUAUGUAUGUGAAACAUGUGUCAUUGUCUCCCUAUCUCUUCUCCUGAGUUCUUAUAAAUCAUCUUCUUAUAUUUGAUACGUUGUUUCUAGGAUGUGUCUAAAAGCAAGCAUCUAUGUUCUUUCA